GAGGGCCCCGGAAGGUUCCAGAAGGCCCCGGAAGGUUCCGGCAGGCCCCGGCAGGCGGCGGGAUGUGGCACGAGGCGCGCAAGCACGAGCGCAAGCUGCGGGGGAUGAUGGUGGACUACAAGAAACGCGCCGAGCGCCGCCGCGAGUACUACGAGAAAAUCAAGAAGGACCCGGCGCAGUUCCUGCAGGUGCACGGCCGCGCCUGCAAGGUGCACCUGGACUCCGCCGUGGCCCUGGCAGCCGAGAGCCCCGUCAACAUGAUGCCCUGGCAGGGGGACACCAACAACAUGAUCGACAGGUUCGACGUCCGCGCUCACCUGGAUUUCAUCCCCAUGUACACCCCCGGCCCUGCUCAGUCACCGGAGCAGGAGUCGGACGAGCGCAAAUGCAACUACGAGCGGUACCGGGGCCUGGUGCAGAACGACUUCGCUGGCAUCUCGGAGGAGCAGUGCCUGUACCAGAUCUACAUCGACGAGCUCUACGGGGGCCUGCAGAAACCCAACGAGGAUGAGAAGAAAAAGCUGGCGGAAAAAAAGGCUUCCAUAGGCUACACCUACGAGGACAGCACGGUGGAGGAGCUGGAGAAUUCCCUGGAAAAACGAGCCGGGGACGAGGAGGACUCCGAGGAAGACUCCAACACCGACGAGGACGAAGUGAUCCCGGACAUCGACGUGGAGGUGGACGUGGAUGAGCUGAACCAGGAGCAAGUGGCCGACCUGAACAAGCAGGCCACCACCUACGGCAUGGCCGAGGGGGAUUUCGUCAGGAUGCUGAGGAAGGACAAGGAAGAGGCCGAAGCCAUCAAAAACGCCAAGGCCCUGGAGGAGGAGAAGGCCAUGUACUCGGGCCGCCGCUCCCGCCGGCAGCGCCGGGAAUUCCGGGAGAAGCGGCUGAAAGGCCGGAAAAUCAGCCCCCCCAGCUACGCCCGCCGGGACAGCCCCACCUACGACCCCUACAAACGCUCCCCGUCGGAAUCCAGCUCGGAGUCGCGCUCCCGCUCCCGCACGCCGUCGCUGGGCCACGAGGAGAAGAUCACCUUCAUCACCAGCUUCGGCGGCAGCGACGAGGAGCCCCCCCGGGGCCCCCGGCGCCCCCGGCGCCCCCGGCCGCGCCCGCCGCGGCUCCCGGGAGCGGCAGCGCGGCUCGGCGGCGCCCGGAGCCUCGGCGCCGGCCCACAGAGCCUCCUCCCGGUGCGUGCCGCGCGCCGCUCUUCCUCCUCCUCCUCGUCCUCCUCCUCCUCGCGCUCCUCCUCCUCCUCCUCGUGCAGCUCGGCCUCCCGCCACUCCCGCGGCUCCCGCCCGCCCUUCCGCCGCUCCCGGGGCCUCUUCCGGGGCCGCCGCCGCUCCCGGAGCCGCUCCCGCAGCCGCAGCCGCUCCCGCAGCCGCUCCCGGAGCCGCUCCCGCCGCUACUCCCGGGGGGGGUCCCGGGGGGGGUCCCGGGAGCGCCGCUCCCGCUCCCCGGAGCGCGCCCACCGCCACCGCCGCCGCUCCAGGUCAGUGCGCGCCGCGUCGCCGCUUUGGGACACUUUGGCACAGCCUGGGACCCGUUUGGGACACUUUGGGACCAGGUCACACCACUUUGGGCCACUUUGGGACCAGUUCGGGUCAGUUUGGGACAGCCUGGGACCAGUUUGGGACCAGGUCACACCGGUUUGGGACACUUUGGGACCAGGACACACCCGUCUGGGACACUUUGGGACAGCCUGGGACCAGUUUGGGACCAGGUCACACCACUUUGGGACCGGUUUAGUACCAGUUCACACCCGUCUGGGACAGUUUGGGACCAUUUGGGACCAGUUUGGUACGGGUUCACACCAUUUUGGGACCAGGUCACACCACUUUGGGACACUUUGGGACUGGUUUGGGACACUUUGGGACGAGGUCACGCCGCUUUGGGACACUUUGGGACCGAUUUGGGACCAGGUCACACGGGUUUGGGACACUUUGGGACCGGUUUGGGACAUUUUGGGACCGGUUUGGGACAGUUUAGGACCAGUUCACACCACUUUGGGACAGGUUUGGGACCAGUUUGGAACCAGUUCACACCGGUUUGGGACAGUUUGGGGCCAGGUCACACCACUUUGGGGCCGGUUAUGGACAGUUUGGGACCGGUUCACACUGGUUUGGGAUGGUUUGGGGACCGGUUUGGGACGCUUUGAGGCCGGUUUUGGGAUACUUUGGGACCAGUUCACACCGGUUUGGGAUACUUUGGGACCAGUUGACACCGGUUUGGGACAGUUGGGGACCAGUUCACGCUGGUUUGGGGACACUUUGGGACCGUUUGGGGACCGGUUUGGGACACUUUGGGACCAGUUCGGGUCAGUUCCGGUCAGUUUGGGAGAGUUCACACCAGUUUGAGACCAGGUCACACCAGUUUGGGACAGUUUGAGACCAGGUCACACCAGUUUGGGACACUCUGGGACGGUUCACGCCGGUUUGGGACACUUUGGGACAGUUUGGGACUGGUCUGGGACAGUUUGGAACCAGUUCACGCCGGUUUGGGACAGUUUGGUUUUCCCCCCGAUUUUCCCCAUUUCCCC